AUGAAUCAAAAUCCUAACACUCAAGAGUAUUCCGUUAUGAGCGACCCAAUACGAUCACGUUCAAUAAUAACUCCAAAUCAAAAGAACAAGGCCGUAUCUACCGCGCAAAUUGAGCAAUUAUGUGAUAAGAUUAGUAAAGCAAAUAUUAUUACGACGACACCAUAUGGAAAGCGUCAAGAAGAUAAAGGAAUUAGUCCUACUAAUUCUGAAAAUUCGGCUUCUUCGGGUCAUUCUAGUCGUUCAAGCAAUCAAACUAGCUCUACUCUUCUUUCUGAAGAUUCUUUAUAUAACAAUAAGAAUAUCUACAAUAGACAUUCAAAAAUAGCGGAAGAGAAUAAGGCUGAUGGUUUAUAUCAAAGUUCACCCGUUAUCUCACCACUUGAAAAAAUUAUGUCAAUUCAAUUAUCGCAAUCUGUUACAGCUACGCAAUCAUUGUUGAUGCCUAAUAAUCCUUCAAUGCAUGAUAAUACUUCUAAAGAAUUUAUCAUUCCGCAAACCAAUCCACGAUCUGACUGUAUUGCGUGUCGUUAUGGAAAUAUUUUAUUAAAGCCUUGUGGCCAUAGAAUGUGUGAACCAUGUGUCAAAAAGUUGCGUUAUGAUACCGUAAAAAGUUCUUUCAAGACAUAUUCCGAAUGCGUACACUGCAGCAAGGCUAUUGCAGAAUUCAAAACAAUUUCUUCAAUUCCGCCUGGAGGAGGGUUCUUUCCAACUCCAUCGAGCUUUUAUGAAAAAAUGCAACCGGCACAGCCUUGUUUAAAAAGCAUCCCGGAAAAGGUUCCUUUCGGUCCAAUUUCUUGGGUUUUUCCGGGUAUUACGCCUCCAAAUGCCCCAUUGGAAAUGCAAACUAUGACUGGCGAUAUUGCUCAUAAGACGCAGCAAAUUCAAUUUGGAGAACUUAGCAAAUUAGCAGUUCCGCACAACUGGCCUGUUGUAAAGCUUUCCAAUAUUCCUUGGGAUAUUUCUUUGAAGGAAGUCAAAACUUUUUUUUCGACAUUUAAGAUACCUAGUGUGUCUUCAUAUGGACAAAGCUUUCAUAUUAUCAUGGAUCGUUCAACAGGGAAAACUCUCUCUGAGGCAUAUAUUGAAUUUGCCACAGCUGCAGAAGCGCAACGUGCAGUUAAUACACGCAAUAUGAAACCUUUGAAAGGACGUCUUGUUUCGUGUACACAAUCAUGUCAAGAAGACCUGAUGAGAGCGGUAUUUCCGAAAUGGAAAGGAGAAUUUUCUGGAUGUGACGCAGUUAUCACUGAUGAGCUAUUACAAUCGGAUCGCUCUGUAUUGCGUACUCCUCUUAUCACGAGAGAAGAAAUCAACUCACUUCUUGUGCUCCAUUUCUCUCGUAAAUGCGCGGAGCGCCCAUUUGAGAAUAUUAUUAGUGUUCUCGUUAAGUUUCCUUUUCAUCAGGAUAAUCUUUAUUCGACAUUACAACGCGACCUUUUGUUUGAGAUGUUAAAGCUUGCAAUUGAGUCGCUUAAAAUUCAUUUGAGCAAGGAAUAUCAUCGCAUUGACGAAACCUUAUUAGAAAGAAUGAUGAGAGCGGGUAUUUUGACUCCAGUCUUUACUGAACGUCAAAAAUUAGUCAUACUUCAAGUGUCUAAUUUAACCCUUCCUGAAGAUCUGCAAGAUAGGGUUUGUCCCUACAAGAAAGAUGAUGCGUUGGAACAAUAUCACACUAAAACUCAACCAAAUCCGAUUUCAUCUUCCAUAUCUGUAUCGGUCGGAUUGAAUCUACUUCCCUCGGGAUUAUUUGACGCUAAUCAUAGUGAAUUAAGUCGCGAAUAUAAAGGUGGAUUUGAUCCAUUCAAAGAUGAUUACGAGAUGAGGAUGAAUUAUCUUCACAAAGAAUUAAAAUUAGCACAAGCACAUGUCAAAACUGUGGCAAAUAAUACACCUCAUAUUGCUAUUUCUCCUCCUAUUCAUCCUUCUCGAUUUGCCCCCAUGCAAGCAUUUGACGUAUGGAAACGAUUAAAUGAACAACGAAACAGGGACAUAAGAAGAAGCUUCGCGACUGGAAGGUCACAAAUUGUACCUCAAAACGGAAGGUCUCAUUUUAUGAAUCCGACAGGAAGGCAACAAAUUAUUCCUUCUUACCAACCUCGGAGUUUACCUACUCAACAAUAUUUUGAUAAAAGCAUUAACGCCAAUCCUUUUUUCGUUAAAGAUCGUUAA